CCUGUAACAUUAAAGUUGAGGCUCGCAGUGAUGAGGAGAGUGGGCUGGCCUGUCACAUGAAUGGCGUGGAGGAGGAGUGCGCGGAAGACUUGCGCGUGGUGGACUCCUCGGGGGCCCAGGCCGACGGCUCCCAGCCGAGCCCUGAAGCUAAGGCCUUCUCCUCGGCUGGCGGGAUCCGGCUGCCCAACGGGAAGCUCAAGUGCGAUAUCUGCGGGAUAGUUUGCAUUGGCCCCAAUGUGUUGAUGGUGCACAAGCGCAGCCACACCGGUGAGCGUCCGUUCCAGUGCAGCCAGUGCGGCGCCUCGUUCACCCAGAAGGGCAACCUGCUGCGUCACAUCAAGCUCCACUCAGGAGAGAAACCCUUCAAGUGUCACCUGUGCAGCUACGCCUGCCGCAGGAGGGACGCCCUCACCGGACACCUGCGCACACACUCAGUUGGAAAGCCCCACAAGUGUGCAUACUGUGGGCGGAGCUACAAGCAGCGCAGYUCUCUGGAGGAGCACAAGGAGAGGUGUCACAACUACCUGCAGUGCAUGGGUCUGCAGAACAGCAUCUACACAGUAGUAAAGGAAGAAAGCAACCAGAAUGAUCAGAGGGAAGACUUAAACCAGCCGGGAUCUGACAGAGCCCUGGUGCUAGACAGACUAGCUAAUAAUGUAGCUAAACGUAAGAGCACUAUGCCACAGAAGUUUGUGGGAGACAAACGUCUGUCGGAUCUGUCUUACGACGGAGGUUCUGGAGAGCUGAUUCAGCCCCACGUGAUCGACCAGGCCAUCAACAGCGCCAUCAGCUACCUGGGGGCUGAAUCGCUCCGGCCUCUGGUUCAAACCUCGCCGGCCUCCUCCACCGACGUGGGCCUGACCUCCAUGUACCCCCUCCACAAGCCGGUGACGGAGAGCCACUCCGGAGCCAGCUUAUCAGCCAAAGACAGUGCGGCCGAGAACCUGCUGCUGCUCUCCAACUCCAAGUCCGCCUCCAGCGAGAAGGACGGCUCGCCCAGCCACAGCGGCCAGGACUCCACGGACACCGAGAGCAACAACGAGGACCGGCCAGGCGCGGCGGCCGCCGGCCUCAUCUACCUGACCAACCACAUCACGUCGGGCGUGCGGAACGGCGUGCUGCCUCUGGUGAAGGAGGAGCAGCAGCGGCAGUACGACGCCCUCCGGGCCAGCAUGGAGAUGGCCUCCGAGGGGUUCAAGGUGGUGACGUCGGACGGGGAGCAGGUGAGGGCGUACCGCUGCGAACACUGCCGCGUGCUCUUCCUGGACCACGUCAUGUACACCAUCCACAUGGGCUGCCACGGCUUCAGAGACCCCUUCGAGUGCAACCUCUGCGGCCACCGGAGUCAGGAUCGAUACGAGUUCUCUUCUCACAUCACCCGAGGAGAGCACCGCUACUGAAGGUGGGCUGUCACCGGGGUGGGCCCGGCUGGAGACUCGCAGUUAUUACAAGAUGUAUGAAUUUUCUUUUGCAGUCUGAGUUCUGAGUGUUUAUUUCAGCGACCGGUGAACCGUGCGGCCGCGUCUUCAACGGCCAUGUUUCACGUACACGGCUUCAGAACUGUAUUUUCGGCUGCGCACAUUAUUUUGUUGCCCACCUGGGCACGCCAUGUUUAUGAUUUAAAGCUACUCACCGCAAAGUCAUGAAACUUCUUGGAUUGAAAAUUUGUGAGCAAAGUUUCCGGACGACGGAGAAGUCCAACAGGUGUCGGGACGUGUUUUAAGUUCAGUGUUGGUAUAAAAAGUUAGGUUGAGGUUUAAGGGUUAGAAGAUGUUUUAUGUGUUUAAAGCUAAGCUACGUUUUUAUGGCACUUCACCUCCACCCAAUUAUUCAUUAUGACCGUUGUCUCCAGUGGUGGGCACAGUUCUGCUAACACGCUAAUAGCAGAACUAGCUUCUCAUUCAGUGGAUUAGCUUUUUAUUUUUGGGCUAACUUUGGCGGACCGAUUAGCUUCUGUUAAAUUAAACUCUCCCAAUUUUAUGUUUACUUAAAAAAGUGUAAAACUUCUUCUUUGAAGCCAUUAAAUAAAAACUGCCCCCUCUUACAAGAAGUGCUUGAUGCAUCAGCUACAUUGUGUGUUAGCAUGUAGCAUCUUUAGCAGCUAAAAGUCAAACUAAGAGCAUCAAAAAUAUAAUAUUUGAAUAACAUUACAAAAACUGACUGUUUAAAAUAUGGUACAUAAAGUAUUUGCUAUUUGCCUAACUUCAAACAGUAUUUAUAAAAAUGCAAACUCAGUCAAAGAAAUGCUUUUAUUCUGAAAGGAGUAAAUAGGAAGUUUUAGAAAUUGGAGCAAUAACUCUGGUUUGGAUUGGCCGAUUAGCCACAGAUGAUCCCGCCCACUUUCAAAUGAAUAAAAUAGAAAACUAAACAGGUUUGUGUCGCUACCACCAGUCAUCAACAGGAAGGAGAUGAAGACUGACAGUCAAGUUAGUGCUUAGCAUUAGCAUCCACUAAUGUUUUUAUUUGUUUAGCGGUUUAGCGUUAGCGGAGCUGAUUUUUGUUUAGCAAUUUAGCGGUUGGUUAGCUGUGCACACCAAAACGUUAGCUUCAUUAACAGCUAACCAAAACGUUAGCGGUUAACGAAGCUAACGUUUUGGUGGGCACAGCUAACCAAAAUGUUAGCUUCAUUAACAGCUAACCAAAACGUUAGUGGUUAAUGAAGCCAACGUUUUGGUUAGCUGUGCCCACCACUAUACGCGGAAAGAUAUCUGGAGAAAUACUGGAGUAAACUUCUUGUUCCAGCGUUUCUACUUUGCAUUGAGUAACUUUAAUCUGCUGGACUUCACUGGAUCUGAGACGGACUCAAUGACGACUUCGACUACUCUGAGAAGAACGGUCGCACAACUUUUCUGAACAUGUUCAAAAAUCUAACUUCAAGACUGAAAAAUGAGAACGUUUGGAGACAUUUGGAGACUCUCUGGUGAAAGCUGUUUGCAAUAAACCACUUCCACCAAACACACAGACACACACACACAGCUUAAUCGGGUCAGGGGUCCGCAACCUUUAAAAUGAAAACAGACAUUUUUUGUCUUCGACUGAACAAAAAUUGGGAUUCUGUCCGAGAAAAUUUCUUUUUUUAAAUAUGUCAACUUAUUUUAGUUUCUCAUAUUUGUAUAAAACAAAUGAAUUCAGUUGACUUUAUAAAUGAAUAAACAAAAAAUAACCUGUUUAUUUCAAACCUAAACAACCUUAAAUUAAAUCAUUACUUUGUCUUUAUUUAUAAUCCUGUUUUUACAAAAUGACUUCGUUUUUUGACGCCUUAAAACCUGGAAAUUUAUAAAAGAUGCAAAAAAUGAUUAAAAUUUUAGAGAAGUUUGCUUCAUGUUUGUUAAAUAUUCAGUUUUCUGGUUGGGUUUUGGCUUCUCUGUAAAAACUUUUAAAAACAUUUUAGUAAAAACAUUUUAAUAAAAAA